CGGGAGCCGCCGCCGCUCACCUACAGACUGGGUACUCGCUGAGGGCGUCUGGGUACUCGCUGAGGGCGUCUUCCUCCGGCCGGGUUCCUAUUCCUUUGCCAGCCCUGUCUAACAGCCCUGCCUGGUUUCAAAUCGAGCCCCGUGAACUAACCCGUACCCUGCGACCCGACUCUUAGCAGCAGCUGGCCCCAGUGUCCACCCCGGCGAAACGGAGCGGCCGGGCUCCCUGCCUCCCCGACGACCGCGAUGCCGAACGUGCAGCUGCCGCCCAAGGAGAGCAACCUUUUCAAACGCAUCUUGAAAUGUUAUGAACAGAAGCAAUACAAAAAUGGCCUCAAGUUUUGCAAGAUGAUUCUUUCAAACCCCAAAUUUACUGAACACGGAGAGACUUUGGCUAUGAAAGGAUUAACAUUGAACUGUUUAGGAAAAAAAGAAGAAGCAUAUGAAUUUGUUCGUAAAGGACUUCGUAAUGAUGUCAAGAGUCAUGUCUGUUGGCAUGUAUAUGGACUCUUGCAGCGUUCUGAUAAAAAAUACGAUGAAGCUAUUAAAUGUUAUCGAAAUGCCCUCAAAUUAGAUAAAGAUAAUUUGCAAAUUUUGAGGGAUCUCUCUCUGUUGCAGAUCCAAAUGAGAGACCUUGAAGGUUACCGAGAGACAAGGUAUCAGCUUCUUCAGUUGCGUCCAACACAGAGGGCUUCCUGGAUUGGAUAUGCUAUUGCAUACCAUCUGUUGAAAGAUUAUGAUAUGGCACUAAAACUCUUGGAAGAAUUCAGACAAACCCAGCAAGUCCCACCCAAUAAAAUAGACUAUGAAUAUAGUGAACUGAUAUUGUACCAGAAUCAAGUGAUGAGGGAGGCAGAUCUGUUUCAGGAAUCUUUGGAGCAUAUAGAAACAUAUGAGAAACAAAUAUGUGAUAAACUUUUGGUGGAAGAAAUCAAAGGGGAAAUGCUGUUGAAAUUGGGACGAUUAAAAGAAGCCAGUGAAGUAUUCAAAAACUUGAUUGAUCGGAAUGCAGAAAAUUGGUGUUAUUAUGAAGGCUUGGAAAAAGCUCUGCAACUUAGCACUUUAGAAGAGAGGCUUCAAGUUUAUGAAGAAAUUAGUAAGCAGCACCCCAGAGCAAUUUCACCUAGAAGAUUAUCUUUGAAUCUUGUCCCAGGUGAAAAAUUUAGAGAACGAAUGGAUAAGUUCCUGAGGGUUAACUUCAGUAAAGGUUGUCCACCCUUGUUUACUACUUUGAAAUCUUUAUAUUACAAUACAGAAAAGGUUUCUAUAAUCCAGGAGCUAGUUACUAAUUAUGAAGCCUCUCUUAAAAUGUGUGACCUUUUUAGUCCUUAUGAAAAAGGAGAGAAGGAACCCCCAACGACACUACUCUGGGUUCAGUAUUUCCUGGCACAGCACUUUGAUAAACUUGGGCAGUAUUCUUUGGCUUUAGAUUAUAUUAAUGCUGCAAUUACUAGUACUCCAACACUAAUAGAAUUAUUCUAUAUGAAAGCAAAAAUUUAUAAGCAUAUAGGUAAUCUUAGAGAAGCUGCAAAGUGGAUGGAUGAAGCACAGUCUUUGGACACAGCUGAUAGAUUCAUCAAUUCCAAAUGUGCAAAAUAUAUGCUACGAGCAAAUAUGAUAAAAGAAGCAGAGGAAAUGUGUUCCAAGUUUACAAGGGAAGGAACAUCUGCUAUGGAAAAUCUAAAUGAAAUGCAGUGUAUGUGGUUUCAGACAGAAUGCAUUUCAGCUUAUCAGCGUUUGGGGAGAUACGGGGAUGCUUUGAAAAAAUGCCAUGAAGUGGAAAGGCAUUUUUUUGAGAUAACCGAUGAUCAAUUUGACUUCCAUACAUACUGCAUGAGAAAGAUGACCCUUCGUGCCUAUGUUGAUCUUUUGAGAUUAGAAGAUGUACUCAGAAGACAUACCUUCUAUUUCAAGGCUGCUAGAUCAGCAAUUGAAAUAUACUUGAAAUUGUAUGACAGUCCCUUAGCCAAUGAAAGCAAACAACAAGAAAUAAAUUCAGAAAACUUGUCAGCUAAAGAAUUGAAGAAAAUGCUCAGCAAGCAGAGAAGAGCUCAGAAAAAAGCUAAAUUAGAAGAAGAGAGAAAGCAUGCAGAAAGGGAGCGUCAACAAAAAAAUCAAAAGAAAAAAAGAGAUGAUGAAGAAGAAGAAGCCAAUAGUCUUAAGGAAGAACUUAUCCCUGAAAAAUUGGAAAGGAUAGAAAAUCCACUAGAAGAAGCUAUCAAGUUCCUUAUUCCUCUUAAGAACCUUGUUGCUGAUAACAUUGACACUCAUCUAUUAGCAUUUGAAAUAUAUUUUAGAAAAGGCAAGUUUCUGUUAAUGCUGCAGUCUGUCAAACGAGCUUUUGCCAUCAAUAGUAAUAAUCCAUGGUUACAUGAAUGUUUAAUUAGGUUUUCUAAAUCUGUGUCUAAUCAUAGUAAUCUUCCAGACAUUGUGAGCAAAGUUCUUUUUCAAGAAAUGCAAAAAAUAUUUGUCAACAAGGAUUUGGAAAGUUUUAAUGAGGAUUUUCUGAAACAUAAUGCUACCUCUCUUCAGCAUUUACUUUCAGGUGCUAAGAUGAUGUAUUUUCUGGAUAAGUCAAGACAGGAGAAAGCAAUUGCUAUUGCUACUAGAUUAGAUGAAACUAUUAAAGAUAAAAAUGUAAAGACUUUAAUAAAGGUUUCUGAGGCACUGCUUGAUGGCAGCUUUGGGAAUUGUAAUUCCCAAUAUGAAGACUACAGAACGGCCUGUCAUAACUUGCUUCCUUUUACGUCAGCUUUCCUGCCUGCUGUGAAUGAAAUUGAUGGCCAUAGUGCUGCACUAAACCAUACAGCUAACUAUGAUGUCUUGGCAAAUGAAAUUUGAAAUCUCAUUAAAAAUUGACUCCUACACACCCAAAUAAAUUCAGAUGAGAGUUUCUUUUCCAGGGUCUUAAUAUAGACAUGAAAUGAGAGAAUUGGAAUUUCUAAAUGGAGUAUUCUACGAGCUUAUUUUAUUUAUCGACUGCCAAUUUGCAUAAAUAUUUGUUAAAAUUACCUGUUUAUACUUGUACAGUUUCUUAAAUUCUCAAAUCAUUGUCAUUGUGAUAGGUGCUGUCAUUUCUAUAUCACUCAUAAGAUAAUUUCUUAUUAACCUAAGUUGUGUAUAGCCCCACUGUAUUCUUUAGAUCCUGGUUUCAAAACCUAAGUUUUGAUCUCUUCUGGUUUGUCUUAAUUGUUUAUUUGCUUAUUUUUUAACUAAAGCACCUCAGUCUUAAAGUGUUAAUUGUGUAUUAACAAUAUGGAACUCUUCUUGACAGACAUUAGAUACAGUUAAAAAUUUAACUUGCCCUUUUUCCUCAUUCUUUUCAUGAUUACCAUUUCAAUAUUCAUGAAAAUGAUACUUUUUAGUUGAAUGAGGAUACUCCAGGUUUAUGUAGGUGAUUGAGAUGUGGAGAUUGGUUUGCCUUGGUAAUGGAAAUCCACUAGUAAUUUGUUGCAUGUGAUAGGCCAAUUUUAAAGACCCACAGACAAGAAUUAUGCUUUCCUGACUAAGUUGUUUUAUGUGUUAAUAAACAUUUAUAUCUAAGUGGUGUGCUUCAAGGGCGGAUGAUAGAGAGUAUUAUAAAUUAUAAUGAAAUAUCCUUACUCUUAACAGCCAUACAUUGUCUAAAUACAUUCUUAUGUCUGUAAAAUGAGAAUUUAAACUGUCAUUAGUUUAAUACAUAGCAUUCUUGAACAGCUUUUUGUCUCAUGUACAGAAGGCUGUAAUAAAUGCAAUAUUUCAAUAUUUUGUUCCAGAACUGUAAAUAUCUAUAAUAUUAAUACUUCCCUUUAAAGCAAACAAAUGUAAGAAGGGAGGUUUUAUUUAGACAAACAGUUCUAAUUAAAAUGAGUUCACUCUAAGCUGUUAGAUUCAGACUUGGGGGAAAAACUGUAAAAUAAUGCCACCCUGAAUAAUGCAGUAAUAAAUUAU